CGCAUCCGGUGCCAACCCUGGUGGCCCCGCCUGGCCCCAUGGCCCUGGUCACCGUCAGUCGCUCGCCCCCAGCAGCAGCCACGCCGAUGGGGCCCUCGGAUCAGGCGUCCAAGCAGAGAGGCCAACUCCAGCGAAGGCAGAGCUUCGCAGUGCUCCGUGGGGCUGUCCUGGGGCUUCAGGACGGAGGGGACAAUGGAGAUGCAGCUGAGGCCGGCUCAGAGCUGGAGGAGGAGCCGCCCGGUGAGGAGCCGCCCGGUGAGGAGCCUCCGGGUGAGCAGCCGCCCGGUGAGAACAGGACAGAUAAUGGGCCGCAGAGUAAAGAGGAGCAGAAGCGCCACCUGCAGGUCAUGGUGGAGCUGUUGAGGCCGCAGGACGACAUCCGCCUGGCAGCCCAGCUGGAGGCAGCACGGCCCCCCCGGCUCCGCUACCUGCUGGUGGUUUCCACAAGAGACCUGCUGAGCCAGGAGACCGUCCUCCUGGGGGUAGAUUUCCCUGAUAGCAGCUCUCCCAGCUGCACCCUGGGCCUGGUCUUGCCUCUCUGGAGCGACACUCAGGUGUACCUCGAUGGCGAUGGGGGCUUCAGUGUGACGUCCGGGGGGCAGAGCCGCAUCUUCAAGCCCAUCUCCAUCCAGAGCAUGUGGGCCACGCUCCAGGUGUUGCACCAGGCAUGUGAGGCGGCCCUGGGCAGCGGCCUCGUGCCUGGGGGCAGUGCCCUCACCUGGGCCGGCCACUACCAGGGCAGACUGAGCUCUGACCAGAGCUGCCUCAGCGAGUGGAUGGCCAUGGCUGACCUGGAGUCUCUGCGGCCUCCCAGCCCCGAGCCCGACCGACCCUCAGAACAGGAGCAGAUGGAGCAGGCAAUCCGGGAUGGGCUGUGGGAGGUGCUGGACACCAGUGACCUGGAGACCGUCACUUCCAAAGAGAUCCGCCAGGCCCUGGAGCUGCGCCUGGCGUGCCCCCUCCAGCAGUACCGCGACUUCAUCGACAACCAGAUGCUGCUGCUCAUGGCCCAGCGAGACCGGGCCUCCCUCAUCUUCCCGCACCUCUACCUGGGCUCGGAGUGGAACGCAGCGAACCUGGAGGAGCUGCAGAGAAACGGGGUCAGCCACAUCUUGAACAUGGCCCGGGAGAUCGACAACUUUUACCCCGAGCACUUCACCUACCACAACGUGCGCCUCUGGGAUGAGGAGUCGGCCCAGCUGCUGCCCCACUGGAAGGAGACACACCGCUUCGUGGAGGCGGCCAGAGCGCAGGGCACGCGGGUGCUGGUGCACUGCAAGAUGGGCGUCAGCCGCUCGGCGGCCACGGUGGUGGCCUACUCCAUGAAGCAGUACGGCUGGGGCCUGGAGCAGGCGCUGCGCCAUGUGCAGGAGCUGCGGCCCAUCGCCCGCCCCAACCCCGGCUUCCUGCGCCAGCUGCAGACCUACCAGGGCAUCCUGACGGCCAGCCGGCAGAGCCAGGUCUGGGAGCAGAAAGCAGGGGGGACCUCCCCAGAGGAACCCCUGGCCCUCGAGGCCUCGACGCUGUUGCUGCCUCUUCUGCCGGAGCCAGGGGACAGUGAGGCGGUGGAGGUCACGGGACCGGAGGAGAGCCAGGCAGCCCCCAAGGAAGAGCCUGGGCCGCGGCCCCGCAUCAACCUGCGUGGGGUCAUGAGAUCCAUCAGCCUCCUGGAGCCCCCCAUGGGGCUGGAAGGUGCCCCAGGGGCCAGUGACCUGCCAGAGGUUUUCUCUUCGAGCGAGUCUCCAGGAGAAACCCCCCCACAGCCCUGUCCUCAGCUCUCAAAGGCCAAGGGCCGAAGGAAGGUCCAAAAGGGGCCUUGGCCUGCCCUCAAGUCCCGCCAGUCAGUGGUUGCCCUCAACAGCGCCGCCCUGGUGGCCUGCCGGACCAAGGCCUUCCAGGAGCAGGAGCAGGAGCCGGAGCCGGAGCAGAAGCAGAGGGAGCCGGCGGCCUCUUCCCCCACGCCCAGGACCCGGAAGGUGGUGAGGCAGGCCAGCAUCCGUGGCAGGGGGGAGGAGGGUGAGGCCUGAGCCCGCACCCCCCCACCCCAGACACCAGAUAGAGGUGCCGGAACCACGCUUCUGGGUCAGCCCCUCACUCCGCCAGCCUGCCGACACCCCACUGCUCCCCAGGAAGCACAACCCCCGCCCCCGCAACCCUACAGCCUCAUCUCCUCCAGCCUCGGGCCCGUGUCCCCCUGUGCAAGGGCUCAACACCUUCUCUGUAAAUGGGGUAGGGACACUGGAGAUGUCUUUGGGGGCGGCAGCACCCUAGCGUCAUGCUCAGCUAUGGCCGGAGACACUCCCUCCCAGAUGCUAAAGGAAAGUGUCCCUGAGAGAAAGGCUCACGCUCCCUCCCCCACUUACUCCUGCCCUGCAGGCCAAAGACCAGUGGCCCCCAAGGCAGAAGGAGGGAACCCCAG